UGUGUGUGUGAGUGAGAGAGAGAGAACGCAGAGAGAGAGAGAAACAGCGUGCAGGCAGAUGAAAGAGAAAGGAGGAGCUGAGAAGAGGAAGAGGACGACGAAGGUGUCAGCAUCAGGCCCCCCCUCCCCACACACACAUUCACACAGGAAAGGAGGAGAGGAAGAAGUGAAGAAAAAGACAGAGGAGAAGGUGAAGAGGCGAGAGCUUGGAGAACACUGCUUCCAUGUCCUCGUUGUAACGGACGUAACUGCUUGUUUCCAUCACAGCCGUGUGUGUGUGUGUGUGUGUGUGUGUGUGUGUGUGUGUGUGUGUGUGUGUGUGUGUGUGUGAUAUGGAAUCCAGAGCGCUGCAUCGUCUCAGCUCAGUGCUGAUAAUGAAGACAGGGACGCUGCAGUGACCGUGUGUGUGUGUGUGUGUGUGUGUGUAUGGAGGUCUGGUAGGUGCAGUGCUACUGCUGCUGUGUGUUUAAGAGGAACGUGAAGACGGACACAGUGCAAGGAUAGGAGGAACCAAGAUAGAGAAGAAAUCAAAGUGUGUGUGUGUGUGUGUGUGUGUGUGUGUGUGUGUGUGUGUGUGUGUGUGUGUGUGUGUGAGUGAGAGAAAGGUGGUCUGACUCCAGCAUCCUCAGCAUUCCUGCUGCAGAAGCACCGCUAACUCAUCUGCACACACUCACACACUGGCACCAGGGGCGGAUGAGGGGUCGUCGCUAACAGAGACGGUCCCGGGUCAGAGGUGGUGACCCCAGUGAACAGCCGUCGGCACGGAGGCAAGUAGCAGCAGGGGCGUGAGCGAGAGUGACGGGCGGAAAGCCGCCAUGGGUGAGUGGACGAUAUUGGAGAGACUGCUGGAGGCUGCGGUGCAGCAGCACUCCACCAUGAUCGGGAGGAUCCUGCUGACAGUGGUGGUGAUCUUCCGUAUCUUGAUCGUGGGUAUAGUGGGUGAAAAGGUCUACGAGGAUGAGCAAAUCAUGUUCAUAUGCAACACACUGCAGCCUGGCUGCAACCAGGCAUGCUAUGACAAGGCCUUCCCCAUCUCGCACAUACGCUACUGGGUGUUCCAGAUCAUCCUGGUGUGCACCCCAAGCCUGUGCUUCAUCACCUACUCAGUGCACCAGUCGGCCAAGUACAAGGACCGGCAGUACACAAUGAUGCAUGGUCCCUACAUCGACCAUGGGCACGGACCGAAAAGCAAACUGCGCAGCCUCAACGGCAUCCUUGUCAAUGACUCCAAGGAUGAAGACAUUCCGGAGCUCAAGGAUAUUCCGAACAUCCCUUCAUGGCCUACUAGGCCCUCAAAGAGUGUCAAGGCACGGCGACAGGAGGGUAUCUCACGCUUCUACGUCAUCCAGGUGGUGUUCCGUAACGCCCUGGAGAUCGGCUUUUUGGCCGGCCAGUACUUUCUUUACGGAUUCAACGUCCCGGCGAUGUUUGAGUGCAACCGCUACCCGUGUGUCAAAGAGGUGGAAUGCUACGUGUCACGGCCCACUGAGAAAACCGUCUUCCUGGUGUUUAUGUUCGCCGUGAGUGGAGUUUGCGUCGUGCUCAACUUGGCCGAGCUCAACCACCUGGGCUGGAGAAAGAUCAAAGCGGCAGUACGCGGUGCUCAGCAGCGCAGGAAGUCUGUGUGCGAGCUCAGGAAGAAAGAUGCCUCGCACCUGUCCUCACUUCCCAACCUGGGGCGCACGCAGAGCAGCGAGUCGGCGUAUGUCUGACGGAGAGUAGGGGAGGGGCUUAGGAGGGCAUGGGCAUGGAUGACCAGACGGAAGCAGAAGGCACGUCCUACAAUUAUGACUUGAUAGCGUGAGACAAAUUGGUAUCAUUCGCAAGGUCGGACAACGGGGAGAGAGGGAUGGGAGAAAAAGGACAAAAGAGAUGAUACAUGGACUUAAAUGCUGGAGAGAGUGAAGAGACAUAGAUGCGUGCAAGGACAAUCUACUCGCACUUGCAUAUCUGUCUCCCCAAAACCUGUGGAUGUCUUCCGAACAAAGCCACGUUGAACAAGACGACCGGUUUUUGAGAGGAGAGACAGAGACCGAGAGAGACAGAGUUGGUUAAAAGUGAGCUCAGUGAUUGAAUGAUCACUUGAGCCCGCAUUUUCAAAAAUCUGACAAAAAAUUCAAGCAAAGUACGAAAAGAACAAAGUAACGAGUUGAAGCGUAGUCUGUCUCUCUCUUUCUCUUUUUGUAUAAAGCGACAGUGUCUUUCAUACACGGAGAUGAAUUGUAAAAUAAAAGAAUGAGUGAUGAUGAUGAUGAUAACAACAAGCCCCUCCCCCUUUUACAGCAGCUGGUCAAUAAGAGAACCACCCCCUUAGUCAGAUACUUAAACAUAACCAUAAAUAAAAAGCAUAACCAAGCACUCAUUACUCUGGUCACUUCUCUUAGAGCCCUUGAGCUGCUGCCUAGAAACAACUGUACAUAUUUUGGCAUUAUGGUUUCUUGCAUAAUUUUAAUGAUUAUUUAAUGCAGCUUUGUAUAACUUUUGGCCCUGUAUGUCCAAAUCAAGUACAGUUUCGACUCUCACACAUCCCAAUCUGAGAUAAAAAACAAUCAAACAAAAAAACCCUGGGCUUUGUUGGAAGCCACACAGAUGCGCACGACUCAAGACGUAGCUAUAGAGUGAAUGUUAGGUAGCUAACUUAGAUUCUAGGUGGUUUAUUCCACAACAGGAAUUAGCAAAUUCUAUAUUGUAAUUCAGUACAAAGUACAGUGUCUGUUCUAUCUCUGCCUUGCCAAAGUUUCUGCCAUUUUAUUGAAAAGUGGGUGGGGCUAACCUUGGGUAAAACUUCACACGACUGAUGUUGCUGAACUUUUAUCAAAACUAUGCAUUCACGCUUGAGUCGUCUUUUCAGGUCUGAGCAAUUCAGCAAGGGAACGCUAGCUAGCUAGCGAGCUAGUUUGCUAGCAUGCUAACUGUGCAAUUUGAGUGUUAUGCUACAUGGAGGAUUUAGUUGUGUUUAGUUGUUUGAGUUGUGUAACAGUCUGAGAGCGUCAGACAGAGGGCUGACAAGCACGAUGACUUAAUGAUUAGAAUAUUAGGCCACGCCCACUGGAACAGCAAUCAGAUCGGUGAGUUAAGCUGCUCUUUGAGAAGCAUUUGUCACUGUCUGUAUCUUUUUUUCUUAUUUCAAAUUUGCUAGAUGUUUAAUUUAACUCAAGUUUCAUUUUAUUUUUCGGAGCUUUUUUCCAUAUUUUAUAUUUCCUGGAUUUUAUGGGAGCUUGAAGUUUUUCAUUGUUCUUUUUUUUUAAAUGCUUGCAUUUUACACGAUUGUUGCCUCAUUAAUGAUCACUUUAUAGUGAGUCAAUCUUGAGACAAAAGGUCAGAAAAAAAUUAAUAACGAAUGACCCCUUUCGACUUCCAUAGUGUAUGAGCAGAGAAAUCACCAAAACUGUCCUUGACUCAUUAUACAGGACCGCAACUGGGCUAAUGGAUUGCAAGCUUUACUGUUAAAAAAAAGAAAGAAAGGAAGAAAAUAUCUAUAUAAGUGAUGUUGUUUAUUUAUUCUUUCUUUUUUUGCUCUUUACUAAAGAAAACUUGUAUAUUACAUGAAAAAACAAUAUUUUUUUUUAAACAAUGGAUUUUGCAUUGCCUUCUGCAUAAACAAACAAACAAACAAACAAACAAACAAACAAACAAACAAACAAACAAACAAACAAACAAACCAAGGCAUGUUAAUGAUGCAUUAUUAGAAUGGCUAGACUGUGUCAUGGGCUGUGUUAUUAUUUUUAAAAAAGACAAAGGGACUUUUUUUUUUUGCACCCUGUUUAUGUACUCCGAAGCAUGCUGAAUUAUAGCACCAUGCAGAUAUGGGAUUAUGGAACUGAAUAUGGCUCUGGUAUUGCAGCAAUAACAUAUAUAUUAUGAAGAAGUAAUUAUAAGAAAAAAAUAUAUAUCAAGAAUAUAUGUGAAAAAAUAAUAAAUUCCCUCCAUUUUGAUGA